AAUGCAGUUCAUCACAACCAAAAGCGUUCAUCAAGAAGUCAAGCAGAGCAAAGUUCAGAAGCAAGCAAGAGAGAGGCAGAAGCGUUGAGAAAGGCCGAGGCGAGAUGGUCAACCAAGCCGCGAUGCCGCUGCUGACACCGUACAAGCAGGCUGGCGGCAAGAUCGAUCUCUCCCACCGUGUGCUGCUCUCGCCGAUGACGCGGUGCCGAUCCUACGGCAACGUGCCGCAGCCGCACGCGGCGCUGUACUACACGCAGCGCGCCACCAGCGGCGGCCUCCUCAUCACGGAGGCCACCGGCGUCUCCGACACCGCGCAGGGCUACCCGGAGACACCCGGCGUCUGGACGCGGGAGCACGUCGAGGCGUGGAAGCCCAUCGUCGACGCCGUCCACCGCAAGGGCGCCCUCUUCAUCUGCCAGCUCUGGCACGUCGGGAGAGUCUCCACCAACGACUACCAGCCAAAUGGGCAGGCACCGAUCUCAAGCUCCGACAUACAGAUCACACCGGACGGUUCAGGGAUCGUGUACUCCAAGCCUCGCCGGCUGCGGGUCGACGAGAUCCCUCAGAUCGUCGACGACUUCAGGCUCGCCGCGCGGAACGCCAUCGAGGCCGGGUUCGACGGCGUGGAGAUCCACGGCGCCAACGGCUACCUCCUCGAGCAGUUCAUGAAGGACAGCUCCAACGACCGCACCGACGAGUACGGCGGCAGCCUCGAGAACCGGUGCCGCUUCGCCGUCGAGGUGAUCGACGCCGUCGUCGGCGAGAUCGGCGCCCACCGCGUCGGCAUCAGGCUGUCGCCGUUCCUGGACUUCAUGGACUGCGUCGACUCCGACCCGGAGGCUCUCGGCUCGUACAUGGUGGAGCAGCUCAACAAGCACGAGGGUUUCCUCUACUGCCACAUGGUGGAGCCUCGCAUGGCCAUCGUCGACGGCCGCCGGCAGAUUCAGCACGGCCUGCUGCCAUUCAGGAAAGCUUUCAAGGGCACGUUCAUCGCCGCCGGUGGGUAUGACCGGGAGGAAGGCAACAAGGUGAUCGAAAAUGGCUACACUGAUCUUGUCUCCUUUGGAAGGCUUUUCUUGGCGAACCCUGACUUGCCUAAGAGGUUCGAGCUUGAUGCGCCAUUGAACAAGUAUGAUCGCAACACCUUCUACACUCAAGACCCAAUUGUUGGAUACACGGACUACCCUUUCCUCGAUGAGGAUCAGAACAACUCGGUUGCUGAUGCUUAGAUUUUGUGCUAUUUUAGUUGUUGGUUCUAUAUAUCCACAAUAAUAAUGUGCACGAUUCAUGUAAACAGUGUUAGUAUAUGCCUGCGUGCAAGAUGUCAUUUUCUUCUCUCUUUUUUGAUGGUUUAUGUCUGCAACUAAUUCAUUUUGAUAUUUGAUUAGUUAUGCAUCCAAAUAUAUUGGGAUUAAUAAACGCAGAUGUAUUCACACCACAUGAGAAAUAUAUGUGUUCUUUUGUAAUUUUAUAA